UUCUGGACGUUUUUACGUCAACGUAAUGGAUCUAUGACAAAGCUACCCGUGAGGUAGUGGCCCCCGAAACAUGUCUCUUAUCCCCUGGGUUGACAUACCGAGUAUGACCGGGGAUGGGAACCUCCCUGCCGCCUAAAGCAACCGUUUACUUCACUGCAGCGAGUCAACGGGAGCGUUAAAACAAACAGAGGUAACCGCGCUGUUUAUUCAAGAGAAGAUGGCGGAGUUUUCGCCUGUCCUGCCGAUGCGGGAUGGAGGAGGACGAUUUGGUCAGCCCAUCUUCCCUCGGUCCAGAUCCGGCUCCGAGUCAGAGAGCGAACUGUCCCAGAGUCUGGCCCGGACCAAGAUCCGCUCGUACGGAAGCACAGCCAGCGUCACGGCCUCUCUGGGGGAGAAAUACAUAGAGCAUCGGGUUACAGACAGUGAUACCCUCCAAGGGAUUGCUCUCAAAUACGGUGUUACGAUGGAGCAGAUCAAGAGAGCCAACAAGCUGUUCAGCAACGACUGCAUUUUUCUGAAGAACAGCCUCAACAUCCCCGUGGUGUCGGAGAAGCGCUACAUAUUUAACGGACUGUCUCUGGAGUCUCCCGACGGGGACGGCGACGCAGCCUGCCAGGAGUCAGAUACACCUUGUGUUAUGUUGCAGGAUAUCGAGGGACCCUCGCCGCCCCCUUCCCCGCCCCCCGAGGACUCCAAACCCCCCCAGCCAGAGGAGCUGUCAGCCAAAGACUUCUUACACAGACUGGACUUGCAAAUUAAACAAUCAAAGCAGGCAGCACGCAGGCUGAAAGAGGAGGAAGUCAGAAACAAAGAGGAGGACUACACGGCCCCCACAUCGUCAUAUCAGGAGAUCUAAAGGACCAGUCCGUUUACAACACACACACACACACACACACACACACACACACACGCUCAAGCACUACCACAACCCCAUGUCUUUUGUUUUCUCUUUACCUUUUUGCUUUCACCAAACCUCGUUGAACAAAAGCGUCAUGUUUGCCUUUUAUUUAUUGAUAUGCAAUUAUUACGAUGUAUAUGAUUGUCAUUGUUGCGUACAGUUCUACUCGGAGACUUAAUGGUGCGGGGGAGCAUCUGAUGUAAAUAGCAUCCGAGCACAUGUGCCCGUCCACUCGUCAUACGCUUCUGAAGCUGCUGUACAGAACCCACCUGCUGCAUAUGUUCACACACAUACUCUCUCACACACACAGCGCUCAGCAAUUCCAGAGGGAUUAGCCUGUUAGACUCGCUAACCGCUUCGGAUGUACUAAAUCCCCUCCUAGAAUAGUAUCAUUGGAAAGUAUAUUCAGGCCUUCCUCAUCAGUGUUUACCCUGUAUGAGCACACUCCACACAGAAGCGGUGGAUGGACUCAAGCCUUUGAACAUUUGCCUCAUAGAAGCUGUUUUCUUUGGGAAAAAGAAGGGACUGCUCUAUUUUUGAAGUGUGAAUGCAUUAUUUAUGUGUGGAGAACUGUCUGUAACAGCUGUUUUAUUGUGCUUUUAAAUUCUGUGGGUUUUAUUUGGGGAGAAUAAAUAUGUAAUUAAAACAGA